AUGGUAAUUCAUAAUGAAACUAAUGAUCACAAAAGUAAUAUAUGGUUAUUCCGGAGUAGAUCAAUUGUUGCUCCUUUUGUUUCAAUUACAAGUCAAAUGAUUACAGUGGCUGUGGAUGAAAUGCUUGUUUCUGGUGUACAUGCUCAUGUUAAUGUUGUUCAAAGAAGGUAUCUAUGGUCUGAAAUGCAAGCUAUUAGUGAACUCAAAAAACCUUGGGCUGUGUUGGGUGAUUUUAAUGCAAUUAUAUCCAUGGAAGAAAAGGUGGGUGGUAGAUUUCCUUCAAGAAGAUCAAUGAUUGACUUUAAUGAUUGUUUAAAUGCUUGUGAAUUAAUGCAACCUCCAAAAAUUGGUCUAGAAUUUUCUUGGUCUAAUUAUCAGCAAGGUAGCAAGAGAAUUUUAUGUAAUCUUGAUAGAGUGGUUUUCAAUAUGAAGUGGUUACAAAUACAUAGUGAUUGGGGAUACAAGGUGGGUCUCAGGAUUGCUUCUGAUCAUGCACCAUUAUUGGGUGGUUGUGCCAGUGUUCCAAAGCCAAAAAAUGUUCCUCUAAGAUUUCAAAAAAUGUGGUUAGAACAUCCCACAUUCAUGAAAGUGGUACAAGAUAGCUGGGCAGAACAAGUACAUGGUGAUGUAGCUUAUAUAUUUAUGAAAAAACUCAAGAAUCUCAAACAAAUUCUUAGAGAUUGGAACUGGAAAGUAUUUGGUGAUGUUAAUGUUCAACUUCAUAAAGCAGAAAACAAUGUUAAAGUUAAAAUGCAAAUGUCAGAUGUUAAUCCUCAUGAUCAACAGGCUUUGGAUGAUUUGGUCACAGCUCAAAAUGAAUUAAAUUCAAAAGAAGUUCAAUAUAGCACAAUGAUGAAACAAAAAUACAGAAUCAAAUUUCAAGCUCAUAAUGUUGUUGUUGAUGAUUCUAUUCUUGAUGUCAUUCCUAAUGUUAUCACUGAAGAUGAUCAAUUCAUGCUUGAAGUCAUUCCAGAGGCAGAAGAAAUAAAAACAGCAGUGUUCAGUAUGGAUGGUAAUAGUGCUCCUGGACCAGAUAGUUUUUCAGGAAUGUUCUACAAAGCUUGCUGGGAAAUUAUUCAACAUGACUUCAUCAGAGUUGUUCAAUACUGUUGGAGCAGGAAGUACUGUCAGUGGCUGAGAGUACUAUUAUCUUCUGCCAAAAAUUCUGUCAUGGUCAAUGGUGGACCAAAUGGUUUCUUCUCUAUGCACAGGGGACUCAAACAAGGGGAUCCACUAUCUCCAAUCUUGUUUGUUUUAAUGGAGGAAGUCUUAAGCAGAGGUUUAACAAAGUUGGUAGAAACAAACAAGUUACAGCCAAUGGUGACAAGAAAUGGUAUUGCUCCUACACGCAUGCUUUUUGCUGAUGAUAUUUUUCUUUUCAGUAAUGGUUCAAAAAGAAGCAUAACCAACCUCUUAAAAUUGCUUGAAUAUUAUCAGAAUUGCCUUAGUCAAAUCAUUAACAGGGUUAAAAGCAAAUGUUUUAUAGAUGGAUGUUCUAAUGCUAGAAAAGCUCAGAUAGUUGAAUUGUUACAAAUGGAAUUAACUUCUUUCCCAGAAAAAUAUUUGGGAGUUAUCAUUCAUCCAGGUAGAAUCAAGACUGCAACUUUAUGGCCCAUGGUUGAAAUGAUGCAAGAUUACUUCGCAAUUUGGAAAGGAAAACUUUUGUCUUUUCAUGACAGAUUGAUAUUGAUCAAGCAUGUGUUAAGUAGUAUUCCUAUAUACAACAUGGUUGUGUACAAAUUGCCAUCUUCAGUUAUCAAGGAAUGUGAGAAAAUUAUGAGGAAUUUUCUAUGGUCAGGUAAUGCUGAAGUUAAAAAACCAAAAACCAUUUCUUGGGAAGGGUAUGUACUCCUUUUGCUGAAGGUGGUUUGGGGAUUAAAAGAUUAUCAGAUGUUAAUAAAGCUCUGUUGA